ACGGAAGUGACGAAACCGGAAGCGAACGUUGUUUACGUUCCUCCGCUGUCUGGAGCAUUCAGAAGAGAGGAUGGUGUGCGACAAUUGCGAGAAGAAGCUGGGCACAGUCAUCACCCCAGAUACAUGGAAGGCAGGGGCCAGGAAUACCACAGAAAGCGGAGGCCGAAAACUGAAUGAAAACAAAGCCUUGACAUCGAAGAAAGCGAGGUUUGACCCAUAUGGAAAAAAUCGAUUUGCAAUAUGUCGUAUCUGCAAAAGUUCUGUUCAUCAGCCAGGAUCUCACUAUUGCCAAGGAUGUGCUUAUAAGAAGGGGAUCUGUGCAAUGUGCGGGAAGAAAGUCCUGGAUACCAAGAAUUAUAAGCAAACCUCUGUAUAAAACGCUGUGAGGACUGUCUCCCCAUGUCCAGACUGAGCGGACAGAGGGUGUACUUGUGUAAUCUUCAUGUAAAUAGUUAAUGUCGGUCUUUUAUUUUAUUAAAGGGGUGUUUCCAUUUGGGACAUUGAUGGCAUAUUGCUAGGUUAUGAAAUGAAUGUCAGAUAGGCGCAGGUCCCACCUAUAGGAUCAGUUCCUGUCUCCAGAAUGAGGCCCCCGAAGUGAAGAGAGAUCAGCUGCGCAUUGCCCGCCAUCCUCCAUUCACUGCUAUGGGAGUCCCGAAAAUAACCGAGUGCUGGCUCGGCUAUCAUCAGCAGUCCCACAGUGGUAAAUAAAGAGGUGGCCACGCUUGGGCGGCUUGCUCCCCAUUCACCACUAUGGGACUGUAGAAAAUAACUGAGCUCGCUCACGCGGUUACCUUCAGAGAUGCAAUAGACGUGAAUGGAGAGCAGGCGGGACAUUGUGCUCUCUUAUUACUUUGAGGACAUCAUUCUAGAGAUAGGUGUAGGUCUCACCUAUGCGAUUCGCUCCUAUCUGAUAUCACAGUGAUAUGUCAUCAGUUUCCUAGAUGGGAGUAUACCCCUUUAAGAAGUUUAUCUGAGAUUACUAUCAGUGAAAACCUGGGGGAUGAAUUCUCAGUUUAUCAUUUGGUGAGUGUUUUAACCCUAUAUACAUUUUUUUCAUUUUAUUUUUGCUAUAACUUUAUUACUUUUACUUUGUGAGGCUCGGUUUACCAUCAGUGAUUCAGCACUAUGACACAAAUCCGAUAGGACGCCAUUAUCCGUCAUGUAUAGCAUUUAAUUUAUGUCUAUAAUGAAUGAGUGACGCAGAUGUUAACAAAGCCUCAGUUGCGAACAUGAAAUGAUAUUGUAUUUUAUUCUAUCCUGUGCAGGGUCAGGCUCUGUUCACACUGGUGUCUUAGCUCCCAUUUUUGAAGAAAGCACUAUGGAUCCCAUUGACCUAUAAUGGGAUCCUCAGGCCUUGUUUCUUAAUGGGCCGAAUAUUGUGGCUGUUUGUUGGGCCAAAGAAGAAAUCUGACAAAGCCUAAAGAGCAGUGUGAACAGAGCUUAAUACACGCUGGAUACCGUUGGCUGAUCUACACUGUAUAAACCUUCUCUACGGUCCCUGGUUAAGAGUUUUUUGUAAAUUAAAGAAGCAAGACUUUUUUGAGUAGACCUCUAUUUUUUAAUAUUUAGGAAAUAGCAAUUAACCCUAUCAAUGUUUAUGCAACCAAUCGGAUGAGAUUUCGCUGGAAUGUCUCUGCUGGGCGAAUAUUAGCAUCACUAGGAUUUCCCAUACAAUUGCAUGCAAAAGUGUUAGAAAUUAAAUGCAGCUGUCAUUAUUUUUUUUUUUACAGAAAUUUCUGUUAGGAAAAAUAGCUCUGAAGUGGCCCAUUUUGAGCCUUAGCAGCGCUCCUCUGUCAUCUGUUUACAUACCAGUGGAGACGCGCUCCACACUGACUGUGUUAUGUAACCAGAAGACAGAGGAACGUUGCUAAGGCUCAAAAUGGGCCACUUCAGAGCUAUUUUUUUCUAAUAGAAAUAUACAAUUUUAGUAAUUAAAGUAUAUUGCAAAAAUAGUCAGUAUCACGUUCUCCGGGAAACUAAACUAAAUAAAAAAAAAAAAAAAUAUGAAUGUUUUUACUAUGACAUAAUAAGUACCUUUUAUUUAUCAAAAGAAGGUCGUUUUCCCUAGGGAGUUAUCAUUGUGGGACCCUAAAAUAGCUGCCGUCAAUGUCAUAGCGUCAGAAGCACGUCCUAGGACUGCCCAGUACACUCACUAGGACGGGCUGCGUCAGCGCCAGCAGCUCGAGACACUGUUCAGCCUGAGGUAACGGCUACUUCCUGGUAAAGCCGACCGCUAGUGAGACGUGAACGCGCAUAUAGGAGCAUGCGCACUGUGCUUAGGCAGCUGGCAGUGAAGAGGAAGGGAGGACACAGUUCCUUGGAGACUGUGUCUGCGAUCCGUGUCAGGCCCCCGGCAGGGCUCGGAAUCUACCCUUAUCACAGUUUGAGCUGUGCCCCGUCAGCCUGGCAGGAGUGAGGGAGGCCGGCUACAUGGUGUGUAAUCUAGUAAUUUCUGGCAACUUUGAGGUUAUUUAUCAUAGACUGAACUUUCCUUGUCACAAAGCUCUGAAAACAAAUGGUAUGUAAAUCAUUAAAUAAAGAAGAAUUCUAUAUAGAUUACUAGA